CAGGAUCACAGGUUUUUGUUACUGAGUGUCAGGCAGUUAAUUACUUACUAAUACUAAUGGAAGCAGAAAACGCAUUCAAACAGUGGAAGAAGCAGUGCAUAAACAAGAUAGAUUUAAGCAAAAAGGGCAGCAUAGAUGAAGAUAUUGUCAGUAUUGUAACAUUUAUUAAUAAUAAUGAAAAUUACUUCACUACAAGUUCCUGCUCAGGAAGGAUCAUCCUUAUAGACGGGGUAUCUGACUGUGUGGAUGUACAAAAACAGAACUGCUCCUGGUUGUUUGUCACUCAUAAGAAGUGCACAAAAGAUGAAGUGACUGCUGGUUUGGAGAAAUCUUCCGGAGACGCUGUGUUUAAAUUCGAGCCGUGUGUUCUUCAUGUACAGUGCAAAAGACUAGAAGAUGCUCAACGUCUGCACUCUGUGGCCAUAAACUCAGGGUUCAGGAACUCUGGAGUGACUGUUGGAAAGAAAGGCAAAAUCAUCACGGCUGUACGCAGCACUCACUGUCUGGAAGUUCCUCUCACACACAGGGGAACAGUCCUGGUUUCUGAAGAAUACGUUGAUUUUCUUGUUGGAGUCGCUAAUAACAAAAUGGAAGAGAAUCUUAAGAGGAUUAAAAGGUUCUCUGAGUGUUUGAGAUCUGAGCUGGAACCAGUUGAAGAUAAAUCCAGUAUAAAGAAUGACCGGUUAGAUGAGAAACCAGUGUACAGGCGGAGGAGGAAGAGAGUACAGGACACUUCUGGAUCAGACUGUCCCAUCAAACCUCAGAGCGAGAGCGAUCUGGAUAUCAAACCGACCGACUGAACACUUGUGAUCUACACCAAACAUUUUGAUUCCAGUCUUAUUCAGAGCUGAGUGGUAAUGCUUCGUACCUCUUUCCCCGCUGUAGGAGGGGUACACGGGGGAAGGGUCGGUUUGGGCAGCUGCGUAGGAUCCGUCCACGUUGUUCGUCUCUGCCAGAUGGUUCCUCCUGAAGAUCAAGUGUGGUUUGGAAGCCCAUUUCCUCUGGAUUAGACGACUUUACUCGUGAGGAUUAAAUCUGUAAUGGCUCAUUUGAGAGAUUUGGCUCAUUAGUAGAUCCGUCAUGUUUCAUACCAGUAGGUUUUACAAAUAAAAUACAUGGUUAGAAGUG